AUGUCAAUCCGAGGUGUGAACGCACUUUUCAAUGCCCUCAAGACAGUCUUCGAGCUUCUACGUCCAGAGCUCUGGCAGCGCAGAGCCGCUGCAAUGUACUUGCUGCUUCUCUCCUACUGGGCGCUCAGCAUUCCUGGAGUGUUUACUCCUCCCACAUUGACAGCCAUCCAAGCAAAUUACACUACAACUUCGCCUAUGAAUGUCACAGUCCCGAACAUUUCCGAUCCAAACCAAGUCAAUCGCUCUGCGAACAUUCUUCCUGCGAGCGCCAGUAUACCCUCUGCCAAUCCUGACAACUUCCUCUUCGACGGUGCACGAACGAUCUACUCCAGGCUGGCUAGCGCCACAGGCUCUUCCGGCGCGGUACUUUGGGUACCGCCAGAAAGCCCUCAAUCUUCCUUCGAGCUCAACUUCCGCGCUCCACACGCGGUUUGUCACGACGCAAAUGGCACAGUCCAAGGCAUCAUCGAUGCAAUAAUGCAGUCCGAGAAUGAUGCACUUGCUCCCAGUGGCUUGUAUCAGGCUUUCUCGUAUUACGCCUUCGUGCCUUCGUACAAUUCGAGCAUGGACGGGACAUCUGUCGUGGCCCCAGACGGAACGAACAUAAGCGCAAUUACUCAUCCCAGAGCACAAAGCGCGCCUACCAAUGCGGUCAAUGAGGUUUGGAUGACAUACUGGCGUUUUCUUGAGGAUGCUGGAGGACGACGUGUCGUGAACAGCAACGGGAGCUAUGUCCCUGAGCAGAAGUACUCCGUAUGCGCCCUUUGGGAUGCCACCUACACGGCCGAGCUGUCUUACAGCAAUGGGAUACAGACGGUCACCGAGAAGAGGAUCGAUCUCGCGUCAGCGGUGCCGUACUCCAACACAGAUCCCAGCGAACCAUCUGAUCUCGUUCAACUUGCAUACAGUGCUUAUUUUGCGGUCCUUGCAGACCAGAUUGUCGGCUCUAUGGGUCUGGUGAUGAAACGGUCAGCUACUCCAGCAACGCCUGCGUACAGCUCGUUCGACAGCCAGAUUGUGCACUCCAGUCUCCUCGGCAGCAACGACCUGGAUUUCGUCUUCCAUCAAAACCAGCAGCUCAAGGGUGUCCCCGCGGACAUGAUAUCAAAGCCUUACCUUCUCAAGGAUCAGAGACUCGCAGACAAGGCUUUGGCACAGAACCAGACGCUACCAUUCCUAUUCGAGCAGCUGGCUUUCAACUUCACCAUGAGUCUGCGAAGCAACCCCCUCCUGUGCACUACGGUUCUGGCGAAUGUCACUCAAACGGCGCAGGUGAACAUAUACCAAUACAACGUCCGCAACCUUUGGAUUGUGUAUGGUGUGGCCGACUUGCUCGCCAUCAUCGCCGUAUGCAUCGGCGUGUUCUUGAUUGAAAUGGAGCAUGCGACCGAAAACAACUUCGUAGCAGUGAUUCUUUCCCUCGCUCGGUACCUUCCCCUAUCCGAUAUGUUCACCAACUGCUGCGACGAACAUUUUCCGCCUGUGGAGCCAGUUGUCGACGAUCAAGUGCGGAUUGAGAAUAGGGAUGGGGCUGGAUUUGGCUUCCAUGUUGUGGGACGAAGAGAAACGGUAAUGCAAUGGCUUGCCAGAAGUCAGUGGGUUCGAUUGGUAUCUCGUCCUUUGCCAAGCUACAACCCGGAGGACGAAGCGAGCGUGCAGCUGGACACUGUUGGGAGUGACGGACAUGAUCCGGACACUCCUCUUACUGCAGGCAUAGCUCGAUAG